GAAAAAUAUUGUUCAGAAUUUAUCUAACAGUCUUAAAAAAAUUCUUUCUUGAUAUAUCAAUCAAGAAACAUUUUUUAUAGAUAAUGUCUGAUAUUAAUAAUAAUAAUAAUAAUGAAGAAAAAAUUUAUACAGGAGAAAUUUCGUAUACAUUACUUAAAUUAUGUGGAAUAUGGAAACCAAUUGAUUUUACUUCAAUAUGGAAAUUAAUUGUUUAUCGUUUUUAUUCCAUUUGUGUUCUAUUGUCAUUUUUUGCAUUUGCUUGUUUUCUAUUUAUAUUCAUGAUUUUUGAACAUAAUAAUACUGAAAAUUUAGCAUUAAAUUUAUUUUAUUUUUGUACAAUUUUUGCCGCAUUCAUUAAACAAAUUAUUAUUGCCAAAAAACGAAAAAUAUUUAUAAAAACUGAUGAAAUGUUUUUAUCAAAAAUAUGUCAAGCUUGUGAUAAUCGUGAAAAUGAAAUAUUGCAAAAUUGUUCCCGAGCGGGAAGGAAUAUAUCGAUUUAUUAUUUAAUAUUGGUAGCUACUUCAGCAAUAAUGGCAAUGUCGUUACCAAUAGUUUCAUUACCAAAGAAAAUUCUUCCCGUGCAAUAUUGGUUACCAUUUUCAAUGGAAUCAAAAAUUGUUUAUUCCAUUGCAUAUUUCCAUCAAGUUUUUGUUUUAAAUAUGAUAAUAUUUGUUUGCGUUGGUACGGAUGCUUUAGCAUUAACUGUAAUGUUACGAAUUUGCGCCCAAUUGGAAAUAAUAAUUUAUCGUUUAGAUUUAAUUUCUCAUAAUGGAAAAAUUAAUAAAUUUAUUUCUAUUAAUUAUAAUAAAGAAGUGGAAAUUAUCAAUUGCCUAAAGCAUCAUCGUCAUGUUUAUUCAAUUGGUCAAAAUGUAAAUAAACAAUUUGGAGCUGUGAUUUUUGUACAAUUUUUCGUUUCUAUGGUUGAAUUAUGUGUCAUUAUUUACUAUUUGUCAAAAAUAAAUAUAAACAAUGGUGACAGUUGGUUGAUGAUAUCUGCAUUAUCGAGUUACACUUUUCAAAUUUUUAUUUAUUGCUAUUAUGGUGAUAAAGUGACGAAAAAGAGUUUAGAUAUUGGACUGGCAGUUUAUUCAAUGAAUUGGGUCGAAUUAACAAUGAAUACAAAAAAAAUUCUUGUAAUUAUAAUGAUGCAAACAACACGGCCAAUAAGAUUGACUGCAGCAUCCAUCAUUGUUAUGUCAUUAGAAACAUUUGUGAAAAUUAUGAAGUCAGCCUAUUCAGCAUUUAAUUUAUUGAAAAAUAGUUAA